AUGGUGGUUUUCAAUGGCUUGCUGAAAAUCAAGAUCUGCGAGGCGGUGAACCUGAAGCCCACGGCGUGGUCUCUGAGGCAUGCGGUGGGUCCCAGGCCACAGACCUUUUUGCUGGACCCUUACAUAGCCCUCAAUGUGGACGACUCCAGGAUCGGGCAGACCUCGACCAAGCAAAAGACCAACAGCCCUGCUUGGAACGAUGAGUUUGUCACCGAUGUUUGUAAUGGCAGGAAGAUAGAGAUGGCUGUUUUCCACGAUGCCCCCAUCGGGUACGACGAUUUUGUAGCUAACUGCACUAUACAGUUUGAGGACUUGCUGCAGAAUGGGAGCCGCCACUUCGAGGACUGGAUUGACUUGGAGCCAGAAGGGAGAGUGUAUGUCAUCAUCGACCUUUCAGGAUCGUCAGGUGAAGCACCCAAAGACAAUGAAGAACGUGUGUUCCGGGAGCGUAUGCGCCCCAGAAAGCGGCAGGGCGCUGUGCGACGCAGAGUACAUCAGGUUAAUGGACACAAGUUUAUGGCCACCUACCUUAGACAACCAACAUAUUGUUCGCACUGCAGAGAUUUUAUAUGGGGUGUAAUAGGAAAACAGGGAUACCAAUGUCAAGUUUGCACUUGUGUAGUCCACAAGAGAUGCCAUGAACUUAUAAUAACGAAGUGUGCUGGCUUAAAAAAACAGGAAACUCACGAUGAGCAAGUGGGAUCCCAGCGUUUCAGUGUCAACAUGCCUCACAAGUUCAGCAUUCACAAUUACAAAGUGCCCACCUUCUGUGACCACUGUGGUUCAUUACUCUGGGGUCUUUUGAGACAAGGUUUACAAUGCAAAGUUUGCAAGAUGAAUGUACAUCGACGCUGUGAAACAAAUGUGGCACCAAACUGUGGAGUGGAUGCUAGAGGCAUAGCUAAAGUUCUUGCAGAUCUUGGAGUCACUCCAGAUAAGAUCACUAAUAGUGGGCAGAGGAGGAAAAAGCUAAUUGCAGGUGCAGAGACUCAGCAACCAGUUCCUGGAAGCGCAUCAUCAGAAGAAGAUAGGUCAAAGUCAGCACCAACUUCUCCGUGUGAUCAAGAAAUCAAAGAGCUGGAGAACAACAUUAGGAAAGCGUUGUCAUUUGACAAUCGGGGAGAGGAACACAGAGCAGCAGCUACAUCGUCAACAGACAACCAGCUUGGCAAAACUGGGGAGAAUGGUGAAAAUGGGGAGGUCAAACAGGCCCAGACCAAGCGAAUAGGACUUGAAGAGUUCAAUUUCAUCAAAGUACUAGGAAAAGGCAGCUUUGGCAAGGUAAUGUUAGCUGAGCUAAAAGGAAAAGAUGAAGUAUACGCAGUGAAAGUCUUGAAGAAAGAUGUCAUACUUCAAGAUGAUGAUGUAGACUGCACAAUGACAGAAAAGAGAAUUCUGGCAUUAGCACGGAAACAUCCAUACCUAACACAACUUUACUGCUGCUUCCAGACAAAGGACCGCCUCUUUUUCGUCAUGGAAUAUGUAAAUGGAGGAGACCUAAUGUUUCAAAUCCAGCGCUCACGCAAAUUUGACGAACCUCGAUCCCGCUUUUAUGCAGCAGAGGUCACAUCAGCACUCAUGUUUCUUCACCAACAUGGUGUCAUCUACAGGGACCUGAAACUGGACAAUAUUCUUCUGGAUGCAGAAGGCCACUGUAAACUGGCUGACUUUGGGAUGUGCAAAGAAGGGAUUCUGAAUGGAGUAACCACCACAACCUUUUGUGGCACACCUGACUAUAUAGCUCCAGAGAUCCUCCAGGAGUUAGAAUACGGCCCAUCAGUAGACUGGUGGGCUCUGGGUGUCCUCAUGUAUGAAAUGAUGGCUGGGCAACCCCCCUUUGAAGCUGACAAUGAAGACGAUCUCUUUGAAUCCAUCCUUCACGAUGAUGUCUUGUAUCCAGUCUGGCUCAGUAAAGAAGCCGUCAGCAUUUUAAAAGCAUUCAUGACAAAAAACCCAAACAAGCGACUUGGCUGUGUGGCGUCACAAAAUGGGGAAGACGCGAUUAAGCAGCAUCCGUUUUUCAAGGAAAUUGACUGGGUUCUUCUAGAACAAAGGAAAAUCAAGCCACCCUUCAAACCUCGGAUUAAAACCAAAAGGGAUGUAAAUAACUUUGAUCAAGACUUUACACGAGAAGAACCAGUAUUAACGCUAGUGGAUGAGACAAUUAUAAAACAAAUCAAUCAAGAAGAGUUUAAAGGGUUCUCUUAUUUUGGAGAAGAGCUACUGCCAUAGACAACCUUAGGCUGCCAAAUGAAUGAUGCUGCAAGAAGUGAUUCUGAAGAGAUCGUCAAAUUACUGAGACUCAGUAAAUCAAGAACUACUUCUCUUACCCUGAGCCCAUGUCCCCAAUUAAGAUAUAUAUUUAUUGUUUUUUUCCUUUAACCUUCUUUCCUGAAAGCACUCUUAAUUUCUGUCUCACAAAGUGAUGCAAAAUAAUUGUGUAUCAGAAAUUGUAGAUGUAACACACUGCCAUAUAUUUGCAACUUUUCUUUUAUUCCUGAGAUCUCCCCAGAGG